AUGGAUAAGUGGAGUGGGAACAAUGCAACCGUGGUGAACAGCUCCAUAGACAAGUGGCCAUUCAAUGAACGCGGCUCCCAGCAACACCUGGUGCCUGGGGAGCUGAGGGUCCUGGUGCCGGCUAUUCUAGGAGUCCUCUGUGUCUUGGGUGUGGCUUGUAAUCUCACUGCGAUGGUCAUCUUGUUCUCCAACGCUCAUAGGGGCAAACUGUCUCUCAUCAACUCGCUCAUCUUCAACCUGAUGUUUGCUGACGGACUGGUGCUGUUGUUCACAGUUCCUUUCAGGGCUGCCUCCUACUCCAAAGCCAGCUGGAAUCUGGGCUGGGCAGUCUGCAAGACGGCCGACUGGUUCCUCCAGUCCUGCAUGGCAGCGAAGAGCUUCACAUUGGCUGUCAUGGCCAAAGCGUGCUACCGAUAUGUGUCCAACCCCACCAAGCAGGUGAGCAUCCGACUGGGUUCCAUCCUGGUGGUGUUCUUCUUCCUCUGGCUGUCCGCAUGCUCGGUCACCAUCCCUCACUGGCUGUUUGCCACGCUGCAGAGAGACGUCCGCGGGCUGGUCUGCAUGCUGAUGGUUCCUCCUGAAGCCCGGGACUUCAUGGCUGUGUACGUCAAAGCCUACCCCCUGGGGGUCUACUGUGCACCACUCAGCUUUGCCCUGAUGUAUUUCUGCAGGGCUUACCGCCAGUGCCAGCGCCGCUCCAGUAAGACUCAGAACCUGCGCACACAGAUCAGAUCCAAGAAGCUCACCUUGAUGCUGUUUGGCCUGACUGUGGCCAUGGCUAUUCUCUGGCUUCCGCAAUGGGUGUUGUGGGUUUGGGAGCGUCAUAUGGCAGAGAAGGAAAUCGAAGGAGCUCAGCCACUCAUCUCCUCUCUUCCCCCUCUUCUAACCCUCUCUGCUCAGCUGCUCACCUUCUCUCUUUCCCUGGUGAGCCCUCUCAUCGUCCUCUCCCUCUCCGAGGAGUUCAGAGAGGGCUACAGGGGUCUGUGGCGACGCCUCACCCUGCGCAAGCAACCUCCACCAAAGCCAAAACCCGGACCUCACACCCCUACGUCUCUCCAGUCACCUUGCCCCAGACCAGAGACUUCUGGCCAGCUGGGGGGGAACAAGAGCCCUCGGUCAAGCUCCAGCCAGGGUCCCAGCAGAGAGGCUCAGCCCCAGCCGGAGCAAGGAGGAGAGAAAGACGUAGAUGGGAUUGUUUUGCCUGAUGUGGAGCAGUUCUGGCACGAGAGGGAGUCUGGAUUGCACACAGAGGAAAAUGAUCCUGUGCCGUGGGAGCACCAGAACAAAUAA